AUGGAGGUGACAGAAUCAGGCGAGGCCAUAUCGUCUACCAAUACCGCACGAACUACAUCGACCUCGGGUCGAGAUAAGCGACCCCGAGCGUCAUCGGGAGAAGGGCGGAAAGAGGAUGCCAUAGGGAAACGCCCGCGUCCAAGUUCAUCGCACGGAAGGGACGAUAAGAGGCGUAAGAUGCUUCUUCCACCCCACUUGCGUCCAGUAUGCUGGAACUGUAAGGAGAAAGGGCAUCAGUAUGCUGAGUGCCCCAAACCCCAUGGCGAGUUCUGCUACGGUUGUGGACGGGUGAAGAAGACACUGGCCGACUGCCCGGAGUGUCGUACACGGUGGACUCGACGAGGCCCCUACGGGUGGGACGCUGCGUGCCGGAGGACGAGUGAAAGCGGCCACAGUGGAGUCGGGGGAAGGCUGACUAGAGAGUGCCGUGAAGGCAAGUGUAAGAAUAAAACUCUUAUAUCCUUGAUAUAG